CUGUGCGGUAUGGGGGGGGGCGGGGGCAGGGAGAUUGACGCCAGCACGCAUGCGCGGUCUCCCUCUCCCCGCCCCGCCCCGCCGCGCCGAGUGCGGCUGCCGAUCGCCGCCGUCAGUGGGAAGCGUUCGGAUGCCAGCCCGCGCGAGGCAGCCAACUGUCAGUCAGUUUGAAAGGGCGGCGCGAGCGGCCGGAAAGAGCCGAACUGCCCGCGAACGCCAGCGGCUCGCCGAAAGUUCCGAGCGCGUCGGCCGCGGCGGGGGAAUCGGCCGAGGAGGGAGAUCUUUCAGCUGUGAAGGAACUGCUGCUGCCGCCGGGACUGUGAUUUGAUGAAGUGGUGAUUGGCGAAAGGAUUUAGCUUGCACACUGUUCCAUAUGGCUGCACCUGAGACCAAUGAUUCAAACUGCUAUCCUCUGACUGGUGUAGGAUGGGCCUCAAACCAGAGCGCCUGUCCAAAAGAAUAUCAGCUGAUCACUACAACUGUAGAAGGAUCCUCUGCAAACUUUGCCAAAGGCUUUGGUCAGAAAUCUGGGUGUUACCUGUGUGUCUGCUCCUUGCUAAUUAAAGAGAAUCCUCAUGGAGAUGUUGUGGCAGAUAUGCUGUUACUUCCUGAUAAAAGCCCUUUACCUCCAGGAUAUGCAUUUGUGGAUGAAUUCAUAGAUUCAAAGGUUUCAGUGUCUAAAAAGAAACGUUUAUGUAUUAGGAGGGUUCCAUUCAAAGAGGCAGACACUGCUAUUUUUGAUGUCAAACUUACUGGGAAAAGCAAGCAGUUUGUGCCUUCAUAUACAUGCAUAGGAGAGCUAAGUGGUUUUGUCAUCUGGUGUAUAAAAGGGAGAGUGGCCAAACCAAAACCACUGCCCAAGCCAAGAAGUAUUAGUAAAGAUAUGAAAAGCCUAUCAAUAGAGAAUGAGAAUUCAAAGUCUUUAUCUCAAAGCAAAAGGCAAAAGGGUGAUGAACUUAGAGUUUGUCUUAGCAAGAGACGAUCAAACUUGGAGCCCAAAGAUGCCGUGUACAGCUCAGAGAAUAUCUAUGGGAUCUCAGCGAUGGAUGGUGUCCCUUUUGCUUUACACCCCAGAUUUGAAAAUACAAUGAAUGUACCCAAUACUAACAUUGCAAAUGUCCAAAUUAAGAGCCGUGCUGAAAUAGAAAAUGAGUAUAACUACAGCUUCAUGACAGAGAAGACUGCAGCUGCUAGACUCCCUCCAACGGCCUCCUAGUGCAGGAGUCAGUGCACGUCCAACAGAACCCAAAGAUGCAGCCUUCUCACACACCACGGAAUCUUACCUCGGACUUCAGAUAAAAGCCAUGGGAUUGUUCUUGAGUUUCACUGCAAAAUUUAACUAAACCCUUUCACUAGAACACACCAAGGAUCAUUCACACAAUGCAAGAUGGCCUCCACAGCCACCAUUUUAUUUUUGUUAAAGGGAUUCAAGGCCAUGCACAUCUGUGCAUUGCUGCGGAAAUGUGGUUUGUUACUGUAGGUCCUAUAAUCAAGUAGGGCCAAUUAUGUAGUGGGGAGGAGGUAUACGUUCAGUUGUAUAACCAGAGUAGUUGAGUAACGGGAGAUCAAGUUAGAGUAAGGGAGCUUGGGUAGUUUAGGUGGGGGAUGGAAUUGCAGAGUAGUGCAAUGCGCAAGGUGGAGGAGGAGGAAUGUUUGGCUGUCAUUUGGAACACUUGUAGCUAGGCUUUUGCUUUCAUUGCCAGCUGGCUGGUGUAGCAAGGCAGGAUUAAAAGCAGCUUUAUGUAGUUAAAUGAAUAUGAAGACCAAUUUGUACAAACCGAAUAAUUUGACUCUCCAUGAAACACUCCUGUCCUAUGAAUUGAUUCUACAUGUACACAGCAUGGGAAACUCCAGCAGGCUUGGCUUGCCUUGUCCAAGUGGUUGCUGCCUCUCUCCUCUGUUCAAUGCUGCUCUCAAUUCUCAACUCAAGCAUAAGACCUAAUCAACCCAGGGACUUCCUUUUGUUGUUAUGUGUUGUCAAGUUUUCAUCAUUAAAUUAGUUGUUCUGGUUUAUCCAAUACUCAUAGUUUGGAUUCAGUGUUGGAACCAAUCAUGAGACCAGUUAGGGGCAAACUGCAUAAUAAUACAUUAAUAAGUCUUUGAGGGUGAAUGUUUGAUUUGUAAAUGACCUAGUCAUACAUUUUUCUAUACAGCUGUAUCAUGAGAAUCACUUUCUUGAUCUGUUUGAUUUUAAGCUUUGGUUUCCAGAAACCAGUUUUUAAUAAUAAUUAUUAAAGUUGCAGAGAAUAAGCAGUCUCCCAUUGUAAUUUUCACUUUUUCAACUAUUCAGUACAAAGUACACUUGGCCAACAUUGUCCCUAAAUUGGUGAGUGGGAGUUGUGCAUGGAAAAGAAAGCCUUCAAUGGCAGUGAAUGUAUUUUACAGUGUUUCUAAAUCUCACAGACUAGGAGGAAGACCCUAUCAUAUGUUUUUGCUCUGCUCAUCUCAUCUGAUCUUGACCAGGCCACAAUGGGCAUAAAACAAUUAAUCUCAACAUCUUGGGUAGGGAGGGAACUAUCAGCCAUUUUUGUUCUAGUUGAUGGAUACUAGUUGAAGGACCUUGGCCAUGAUCCCUCUUCCUUAUAAGCCUGAUGCUUAGUACAUGGCUUCUGUUGUGCAGAGUGGCUACUGUAUGAGAACUGAAUCCAUGACUUCAACAUAAGUUGGGGUAGGAGCAUCAGUAAAGAUCUUAAAGUAUCAAACAACUGUAUCAAAUCUGUGAAUGUGCUGCUGAAGCUUUAGAGGAGAUCCUGCUACAGUGGAGUAAGUUCACCACCACUGAACAUUAGGCUGCAGAUACAUAGUAACUUGCAGAAAGGUGUAAGAACAAUAGUAGUGGGGGGUUUUAACUUUCCCUUUAUUGACUGGGAUUGCCUUAGCGCAAGGGGCAUAAAUGGGUCAGAUUUCUUCAGUGCAUCCAAGAAGUUUUUUUGAUUGAUAGAGUACUGCUGUCUCUAUUAGACUCUAUCUAAGGAAACAAAACUGCGAAGGUCGUGGAAGUAUUGGUGGAGGGACAUGUUGGGAGCAGUGACCAUUAUUCCGUAAGUAUUCAGGUAGUUAUAGAAAGGGAUAAGGUUGGUCCUGAAGUUAACAUAUGGAGUUGGAGGAAGGCUGAUUUCAACAGCACAAGACAGCCUGGUAAAAGUAGAGUGGGAGCAGGUGCUUGUGGGUAAAGCUACAGCUGACAAAUGGGAGCCUUUCAAAGGUGAGGUGGUAAGACUUCAAGCCCAGCAUGUUCCAGUAAAGGCAAAGAUGGCACGAUCAGGGAAUGUUGGAUGACAAAGGACAUUGAAGGUAUCAUCAGGAAAGCAGAUGGCAGGUAGAGGUAACAUUAGUAUUCUGGAAGAAAGAAUCAUGGGAGUCUCCUUGAGAAAUAUAGUGUGCAGGAAAGAAUUUAAAGAAAUUAGGAAAGCAAAAAAGGUCAUGAAAUAUCCUUAGCAAGUAAGAUCGAGAAUCCUAAGACAUUCUGUCAAGGAUAAGGUGGUAGCCAGGGAACAAGUGGGUUUCCUUGGGGAUAAAAGGACAAUCUAUGUGUGCAGCCAGGGAAUGUGGGUGAGGUCACACUACAACUGGACAUCAGCUCAUCCCACUUUAACAUUCAGGUAGUUCCCACCACCCCCCCUCCCCCAGCUAAAUAAACCUUUGCCACCCAGGGAAAGGAAGAGACUUGAGUAGUGAUGAUAUGAUCAUAUUUGCCAACUUGGGUUGGAUAUAAUU